UUCUCUCUCUUUCUCCCUUCCAUUUCUCACUCUCAAGGUUUUUUUUUUCCGGUUUCUUGACUUUCAGUUGUAACUGUUUAUUUAUAUCGCACAAACACACGGUGACAUGUCAGCCGGUGGCACCACCGCCAACUCCUCCGCGGCCAGCGGAGGAGGCGGCCCCACCACGCACCACCGUCGCCGUUUCGCCGACUUCUUGAACGACCACGAAAAAUCAUCGGAUCACGUCCAAAUCGCCUGCGAGGAUUCCUCCGGCGACGCCGGCAAUCCGGAAUCGAACAAUAGCAAUAGUAGUAGCAGAUGCGGCGGCGGCGGUGGUGGCGGUGCCGGCUACCACCCUGUCCUCCACCAGCACCCGGUGAUUAGGCAGUUGUUGGUUCGUAAACGGAUGCCGGAAAGCGUGGCUGUGGAAUUGGACGAAUGCUUGUUAGGCCUCCGCUCCAUCUCGCAGACAUUGAGAUCGAGGAAAAAAAUGGGGCGUACGGUUUCAGGAUUGCUUUUAGUAUUCGUCGUGGUCUCUGUAUUUCUCAGAUUCUCUUUCUUCGCCAGCGACAAUGGCGAAGAGGUUAGCUCGCGUUUAGUCCUUCAGAAUUUCAAAAAUGAAUGGGCGAAUGCUCAGAACAUUGUGUCGGAAACCGAUUCCUUAUCUUCCUCCUCCGGCGACCUUAUUCGGAAUCGUCAAAUGAAGGAAUUACCAGUUCCAGAAAUAUGGAAGAAAGCAAAUAGUGAUAACUAUUAUCAAUGCAUUACUCGACCAAAGAAUAGAAUAAGGACAGGGACUGCAACAAAUGGCUAUAUCUUAGUUCAUGCUAAUGGAGGAUUGAAUCAAAUGAAAGCAGGGAUAUGUGACAUGGUUGCUAUAGCUAAAAUCAUGAAUGCCACCCUGGUUCUUCCUUCUCUUGAUCACGACUCGUUCUGGACGGAUCCUAGUGGUUUCAAGGAUAUAUUUGAUUGGAAGCAUUUCAUUGAGGUUUUGAGAGAUGAUAUUGAGAUAGUAGAAUCUUUGCCACCAAAAUAUGCAAAAGUGAAGCCUCUGUCAAAGGCACCUGUGUCCUGGUCAAAGGCUAGUUACUAUAGAAAGGAGAUUAUUCCUAUACUGAAGAAGCAUAAAGUCAUCAAGUUUACCCACACCGAUUCGAGGCUUGCAAACAACGGGCUAGCCUCCUCUAUCCAGAGGCUUCGCUGUCGGGCAAACUAUGAGGCUCUUAAAUACAGCCCUGAGAUUGAGGAGUUUGGGAAGAGGUUGGUGGAUAGAUUGAGGGAUAAUGGCGAGCCGUAUAUUGCACUUCAUCUAAGAUAUGAAAAGGACAUGCUUGCAUUCACAGGCUGUAGCCACAAUCUAACAGCAGCAGAGGCCGAGGAACUUCGCGUGAUGAGAUAUAAUGUGAAGCACUGGAAAGAGAAGGAAAUAGACAGCAAAGCAAAGAGACUGGUUGGGGGCUGCCCUAUGACACCAAGGGAAGCUGCUUUGUUUUUGAAGGCAAUGGGGUACCCUUCCACUACAAGAAUAUACAUUGUUGCAGGGGAAAUAUAUGGUAAUAGCAGCAUGGAUGCGUUCCGUUUAGAGUAUCCUAACGUCUUCUCUCACUCGACGCUAGCAACAGAAGAAGAAUUGGGAGCUUAUAAGCAGUACCAGAACCGUCUGGCCGCCUUAGAUUACAUUUUGGCACUUGAAAGUGAUUUGUUUGUUUAUACAUAUGAUGGAAACAUGGCUAAGGCAGUGCAGGGGCAUAGGAGGUUUGAAGGUUUUCGAAAGACGAUCAGCCCCGACAGAGCCAGUUUUGUAACACUGAUAGAUUUCUUGGACAAGGGUGCUAUAACUUGGGAAGAAUUUUCCACAGAGGUAAAAUCUUUACAUUCCAACAGGCUUGGAGCCCCUUACCUUAGACAAAUCGGAGAGUCACCAAGAUUAGAGGAGAACUUCUAUGCGAAUCCUUUUCCGGGUUGUAUAUGUGAUAGAUCUCAGGACCAAGCUAGCAAGCAGAGGUCUGAGAUCAUCAAGCCAAGCUUAGAGGUUAACUUUGCUGCACAAAGAUAGGGUUUAGUCAUAGGUUGUAAGACACACAAACACUUACACUGCCAACAUUAGUGGGUGGAUGAAAGAAUUGUUCUUUCUUCAUGGCACUGUGAUAUCCAGACAGGAAAAAGAACACAUAUAAAGAUGGAGGUUGCAUGUCAAUGGGAUUUUGCCUAAGGAUGGAAACAUGGCAAAACAGAUCGAUCAAAUUGGAUGCAAAGAAAAGCUGGUUUACAAGGCUCUGAUAGGUAGCUUCUGUCAGAGAUGCAGGGGCUAUUGCUUGGAUAGUGAAAUCUUUAUUCUUUGAUUUUUUUUUUUUGUUGCCACUUAUAGAUAUUUAUUAUGAAAGAUAGGUUCUUUACGGAUCGGAAUGUAUCAAGGUUUGAAAAUCAUAAAAGUCCAUGAUUGCAAAUGAA